AUGUCGUCUCACGCACUCUCGGACGACCAGGUCGCCGCCGAGCUCAAGAAGAUGACAGCGUUCAUCCGUCAAGAAGCCCUCGAGAAAGCCCGGGAGAUCCAAUUGAAAGCGGACGAGGAAUUCGCCAUUGAGAAGUCGAAGUUGGUCCGCGAGGAGAUUGCCGCGAUCGAUACCCAAUAUGAGAAGAAGUUCAAACAGGCAUCCAUGUCCCAGCAAAUCACUCGCUCCACCAUGGCCAACAAGACAAGGAUAAAGGUUCUCUCUGCCCGUCAGGAGCUGCUGGACAAGUUGUUCGAGGAAGCAAGAAAGAAGUUGGCAGACGCAGGGGCCAAGAGCAAGAAUUACGAGGAAGUGCUGAAAGGGCUGAUUCUGGAGGGCCUGUAUAUGCUCUGCGAGAAGAAGGUGAUCUUGCGAUGUCGGAAGGCAGAUAAAGACAAGGUGCAGAGUGCUGCGAAGAAGGCCGCGGCAGAGUAUAAGGAGAACAUGGGCAGUGAGGUCCAGACUGUGGUGGACGAGAAGGAAUGGCUACCAGAUGACUCAGCGGGCGGUGUCUUUCUUGUUGGUGGUGCCGGCAAGAUCGAACUGAACAACACUCUCGAAGAGAGACUGCACAUGCUCGAGACCGAGGCACUUCCCAGCAUCAGAGCGACUUUGUUUGGCGAGAACGAGAACCGCAAGUUCCACGACUGA